AAGAAAGGCUUGUAUUUGGCCUGUAUUUCAUUCGAUCAUUUCCACCAUACCUUCACACUCAAAACAUGAAGAUCCUUACCAGCAUUUUGCUUAUUUUUUCUCUUGCAUUCUUCGUAAUCUGCAUGUCAAUACUAGAACCCCAGAACUUCUACGGCACCGAAUACAACAUUCGAGUCGUCAACGGCUUCACAAACAACUCGUCCUUGCCGUUGGUGAUUUGGUGUGCAUCACAGAACAGUGAUCUUGGUGGACGUGCGCUUCAGGAGCAUGACGAUUUUAGCUGGAGCCUGAGGACCAGUCUUUGGGGCACUACUGACCUUUUCAAAUGUACCAUGAAAUGGGACCGAAUAAGGAGGAGUUUUGAGGCGUUUAAGGCUUCGAGGGAUAUUCAGAGGUGCGGUCCUUUUAGGAAGUGUUCUUGGUUGGUCAGAGAAGAUGGGUUUUAUUUCAGCAAUGAUGAAGUAAAUUGGAAAAAAGAUUUUUCAUGGUUGUAAGGUAUAAUUAGUAUUUCAGAGCAGUAAUUUUUAUAAUUUGCAAAUUGCAUGGAUCUAGAACUUUAAUAUAAUUUAAAGGGUAUUUGUUUCUGGGGUUUCUUUUUUCUCUUUUAUAUUCGAUAUUUUCAUGUUGCUUUGCUAAGAUACAGAUGGAAACCACGUUUGCUUUUUGUAAGUUUGGU